UUGUUAAAGUACUCCGUGGUCAGUUUGAACUGGCCGAUGUUCUAGUUACGAAUGUUACGUUGACGUGAUGCUGUCAGUCUGUCAGUAGGCAGCUGCCAUGACGCGAGUCGGCACACAAAACCAAUUUCAGGUUUCAGUAAGGCCGAAAAGUGCUGAUUUCCGUCGUUUUAUUUGUAUACUAUCUUUUGUUACACUUUUAGCUAUCGUAUACUUGAUUAUAAAAACUCCAAUCGAUUCAUUAGAUGAUCCUUCUGAUCAGUUUUUAGUUAAGAACAUACCGGCGACUUACACGAAACUAGAAGGUAUAGAUCCGGAUGAGAGAGAUGUGUUUGAAGGUUUUAGGACAUCUUUUUUGCCAGAAGAAGAGAUAAUGUUAGCGCAGAGGAUAUCUAAAAGAGAUGUUUACAAUGGUAAUGUGACAAGUGACAGUUUCAUUUGGGGGAUUGUGGACAAUCAAUACGAUACACCGAAUCGUGUUAAGCGUAAAAGUCAUUUUACUUCUAAGGACUAUGAUAGACAGAGUCAUACGACACAAAGUAGCGCAGGAGAUGAAUAUUACGAUGAUUACAUUGACGACUACAGUGAAGAUGCUGAGCUUGGAAAUGCAGAUAUCAACAAGAAUCAUGAAAAAAAUGCGAUAUUUCAAGAGCAGUAUGUAGACAGAGGACCAUUGGACGACGUGGUGGAGCAAGUAAGGAGGCAGCCAGAGUUAGAAGAAGGUGAAAUGGGUUCCUCUGCGCAUUUAUACAAGCCUUCCAAAUCCCAUACGGGUAUUCAUGCCUUCUGGAAAGGUGAAGGUGAUCGGUUAACAAUAAGAAAAACACAAGCAAUAAUAAUGAAACGAUAUAUGGAUGCCGAAGCGGACCCGUGUCAGGAUUUCUAUCAAUAUGCGUGUGGUAAUUGGGCGUCUCUGAAUCCGAUACCAGCUGACAAAGCGGGUGUUAUUUUUAGAUACGAUACAUUUGAAAUGCUAAGAGAAAAUUUAGAUACAGUUCUUAAAGAUUUAUUAGAAUUUAAGAGUUGCGAAAAUCUUAAAAGUUCGUAUCCAGGUGAACAUUUAGAUCUUAGUGAGAACUUUUUGACUCAACCAAAUCCAAAUAAAUGUUCAGAUAAACAAAACACGCUGUUUAAUGUACCGAGAAGAGGAAAAAUUUUUAAAGGGCAUGAUAAAAUUAUUAGUGAUUGUGCUACUAGUAAAAAAAUAAAGAAAUUGAUUGAACCUUACCAAGAGUAUUCGGAUAUUAUUAGUCGUAUUCGUCGAUACUUGGACCAAAAGCCUAAACAGAUAACUGGAGUUGGUAAGAAAACUAAAUAUGGAGUGCGUAGUAAUCUAGCAAACAAUAUUGUAUCAAAAAUUGAUAAACAAAAAUCAAAGAACACGAAACACAAAUUUGAUAAAAGAAAAAGGGCCACACAAGAAAGUACUAAGAAAACUCACGUUGGUAGAAAACUACAGAUGUAUUAUACAAGAGUGAAAAAGAAACAUAACCAUGGAAAGCCAGUUAAGUUAACGCGAGAUGCAACAUUAAUGAAACCAAAUGAUCCCGCGAACGGCGAUGCGGCAUUAAAAUCAAGAUUCUUAUUUGCGUCCUGCAUGAAUCAUGAAAUUUUGGAGAAACGUGGUCAUCAACCAUUGCUGGAUUUACUUAACCUGCUCGGUGGUUGGCCGAUAUUGAACCAGCAAUGGAACAGCAGUACUUUCGAUUGGUUAGAACUGAUGGCGAAAUUGCGAGUUUACAAUAACGAUAUUUUAAUAUCAGAAUGGGUCGGACCAGAUAUAAAGAAUUCGGAUGAAUUUGUCAUACAAUUUGAUCAGACAAGUUUAGGUCUGCCUACAAGAGACUAUUUUUUGCAAGAAUCAAAUAAAGUGUACUUAGAUGCUUAUAAAACUUACCUGGUAACGAUUGCCAAACUUCUUGGAGGAGAUCCCGAUCAUGUUAGAGUAAGCGCCGAUAAACUUAUUUCUUUUGAAAUUAGUCUCGCUAGAAUAACAUCAGCGCCCGAGGACAGGCGGAACGUAUCUGAAAUUUACAAACGAAUGCCUAUUUCCAAACUUAUAAAACUUGUACCAGAAGUGGAUUGGAUUAAAUAUUUGUGCAUUGUAAUGAACAAAACAAUACAUAAAAAUGAGACGAUCGUAUUAUUUGCACAUACGUAUGUUCUGCAUCUUGUAAAAUUAAUACAAGAGACGGAUGCAGAUACGUUAGCCAAUUACCUUUUAUGGCGAUUUGUGAGACAUCGUGUCAAUAACCUCGAUGAUCGUUUCCAAACUGCAAAACAACAAUUCUAUUACAUCCUCUUCGGUCGAGAAGAAGCACCGCCGAGGUGGAAGAACUGUAUAUCCCAAGUAAACUCUAACAUGGGGAUGGCUUUAGGAUCGAUGUUUGUUCGUAAAUAUUUCGACGAGAUGAGCAAGAACGAUACACUUACAAUGACUAGAGAGAUACAGCAAUCUUUUAGAGAAAUUCUCAACAUGACUGAUUGGAUAGAUUCCGGCACUAAAAAACUAGCUGGACAUAAAGUCGAUUCUAUGAUGCUUAGAAUCGGAUAUCCAGAUUUCAUUUUAAAUACAGAAGAAUUGAACGAAAGAUAUAAAGAAGUUAAGAUUCAUCCUGACAAAUAUUUCGAGAAUAUUUUGAAUAUAUUACAGCAUUUGACAAAGAUGGAACAAUCACGUAUUGGGCAGCCAGUGAACAAAUCAUUAUGGAAUACAGCGCCAGCAGUCGUGAACGCGUACUACAGCCGAAAUAAGAACCAAAUAAUGUUUCCAGCUGGUAUUUUACAGCCGCCUUUCUAUCAUCGUCACUUUCCACGCUCGCUUAACUAUGGCGGCAUUGGUGUUGUUAUAGGUCAUGAGAUCACUCAUGGAUUCGACGACAAGGGCCGUCUUUUCGACUGCGAAGGUAAUCUACACCGCUGGUGGUCGGACCCCGCUAUUGAGGCUUUCCAUCGCCGUGCUCAAUGCCUUAUUGAUCAGUACGGAAGAUACGUGGUUCCUGAAGUCAACAUGAAACUUGAUGGAGUUAAUACACAGGGCGAAAACAUAGCGGACAACGGUGGUGUGAAGCAAGCGUUCCACGCCUACCUCAAAUGGCUGAAGACACACGGCUCAGAAGACGAGACUCUACCCGGCCUCAAUCACACGCACACGCAAUUGUUUUUUCUUAAUUUUGCUCAGGUUUGGUGCGGGGCAAUGCGACCUGAAGCAAUGAGGAAUAAACUGAAGACAGCUGUCCACUCCCCUGGCAGGUUUCGCGUCAUCGGCACAUUAUCCAACUCUCAAGACUUCGCCAAUGAAUUCAAUUGUCCACCUGGCUCGCCUAUGAAUCCUAAACAUAAAUGUUCGGUGUGGUGAUAUUAAGGGUUCUCAAAGCCUAAUUGCCUAAUGAUUAUGGCAGUAGGAAACUAGUAAUUUGAACUGUCUACAACUAUGAUACUCUUUGACCGCUGUAAACUCUGGUUAAGAAGUGUAAUGUGAAAGCCUUAUAUUAAAUUAUUUAUGUACAAUUAUUUAGGCUUUGUAAAUGCGAUAGGUAUUUUAUAUGAUUAUUAUGUUUAGAGUAAGUAUAUUUCUUUUUUAAUAUACGAGUAUUU